CAUUGUCACAGGAGAGGCUAUGAGCAUGAUGUUGGUACUCGGACAACUCAUUAUGUAUUCUUUGACAGAUCCCUCAUCCAUAUGCAACAGGCUGAUAUACCAACAGACAAGGGUAUCAAGUGGGUCUUCCUGCCUUGUAGAUUAAACGACUAUCACUACAUCUCAGAGGUCGUCAAGGGAACUAAUCCUAAACAGAAGCUGAAAGCUCAAGCUGCAGACGUCAGACUACUGCACCCAGACUUUGUCAGAUAUGUUCACAAAGUCUGGAUGCGGACUGAGUCUUUCCGUCCAAGUACGGGUGCUGUGAUGUUCAUGACGGCUCUCCAUUCUGGAUGUGAUUCUCUCAGUGUUUAUGGCAUGGGAUUUAAUCACAAGUACACAUCGUACUACUACGAUCAAACCUUCACUAUUUACAAGAAUUUGAAACAAUGGCACGAUUUUGCAAGAGAGAUUGAGAUCAUGAAGAAAUUGGACAAAGCUGGUAUUAUUAAGUGGUACAAGAGAGAUGUGCCUGAAUUUUAUUCGUAG